UCCUCCCCUCGCGCGCCCGCCGCACACGCUUCCCGGCACCCAGCGAGCGGCGGCCAGGCGGCGCGGGCCGGCCCCGCUUCCUUCUCGCCGCCGGCGCCGUUCUCGGGCGGGCGCGCGCCGCGAUGGCCCCGGCCGAGCGGGGCUGAGCCCGCCGCCCGCCCGCAGCCCCCGGCCCCUCCGGCCCAGCCAUGGCGAAGCAGUACGAUGUGCUGUUCCGGCUGCUGCUGAUCGGGGACUCCGGGGUGGGCAAGACCUGCCUGCUGUGCCGCUUCACCGACAACGAGUUCCACUCCUCGCACAUCUCCACCAUCGGUGUUGACUUUAAGAUGAAGACCAUAGAGGUAGAUGGCAUCAAAGUGCGGAUACAGAUUUGGGACACAGCAGGGCAGGAGAGAUAUCAGACCAUCACAAAGCAGUACUAUCGACGGGCCCAGGGAAUAUUUUUAGUCUACGACAUUAGCAGCGAGCGCUCUUACCAGCACAUCAUGAAGUGGGUCAGUGAUGUGGAUGAGUAUGCACCAGAAGGUGUCCAGAAGAUCCUUAUAGGGAAUAAGGCCGAUGAAGCACAGAAACGGCAGGUGGGCAGAGAGCAAGGGCAGCAGCUGGCUAGAGAGUAUGGCAUGGAUUUCUAUGAAACAAGUGCCUGCACCAACCUCAACAUUAAAGAGUCCUUCACACGCCUGACGGAGCUGGUGCUGCAGGCCCACAGGAAGGAGCUGGAAGGUCUGCGGACACGUGCCAGCGACGAGCUGGCCUUGGCGGAGCUGGAGGAGGACGAGGGCAGACCCGAGGGCCCGGUGACUGCUUCGAAGACCUGCUGGUGCUGAGCGUGCUGGUGGAGCCCGCACACCAUCCCCCCUGCCCGCAGGAGGCCUGCAGGCGCACAGGGAGCCUGGGCCUUGCCCUGCUUCUCCUCUCCUUCGGGUGGCCCUGUGGAGUACCAGCCGCUGCUCCUCCUCCUGCCUGGCCCCGGGGAGCCGCUCCGCUGUCCUGUCCGAGUGGCCUCGCCCCCAGCCCUCCACCCAGGGUGGCCCCCUCCAGCCUGUUUCCCCAGCCACAGGCCUGCCUCGAGCCCCCGAUGUGCUACGAGCACCGCCGCACUGCCCCGAGCCCCCAGACGAUGGCCGAGUCUGGAAUCCGGGCCACUGUAGGUUCCUUCUCUCUCAGUGCAUCGGGUCUCCUCUCCGCGUUUUCUCGCUUCUUCCCACUUCUCUUUCUGCCCCCCUCAGCUGUGUUCGUAUGGAAGCCCUCCUCCCCCGCCCCCCAUGCGUCCCGCGUGGCUGCUGGUGCAGCGCCUUUCUCGUCCUGCCCCCUCGCCGGCCGAAGGAACGGACUCAGGCUCAGGGGCUCAUUCCCUACUCUGCUCCCGGAGACGCCCUUGCCCCGCUUUGUGGGCAGUUCUUCCCAUCCUCCCCUUCUUGUGCCAUGCGCCUGCCUCCCCAGUGACCGGAGAAAGAGGACCGGCAAGGGACGAAGGAAAGCCCAGACUGGUGGUCCCCACACCUGGGGCUGUCCUACCCACCCGCCCCCAGCUUCCGCUGCACUUGGUUGCCUGCUCGCCUGCCUCUUGGGGGAACUGAGCUCGGAGGCAGAUGCUUCGGAGAAGAAAAAAAAUGAUGAGGGGUGGCAGGGAUAAAAAGUCACCUUCAUUCUCUACCUCCCGUGCAGCGUGUACACAACUUCUCCCCCCGCCCCCACCCCGGGCUCCCAAAUUUAAAGAUGUGGACCAAGGCCUAAGGGCACUGCAGGGGCGAGGAGAGCCCCAAGGCCAACCACACAUGGCAGGAAGGGGAGAGUUUGGAAAUGAAGGACCAGCUCCUACAUAUCAGGUUAAGAGCCGGGACGGCAGUUUGCAAACCAGAGGGGAAUUGGGCGGCAGCAGGGAUUCCUGGGCCCCAUCUUCCAUUUCUUAUGUAAGAAGGGCAUUUCCCCACCACCCCCUGGCAGGUGAGAGGUGACAGAACCACGCUGGUGGUCUUUCACUGAGCCCAGCCCUCAGUUCUCAAGGUUUUCCCAAGACCCAAAGUUUGCGGGAGAAGGGCAGGGAGCUCAUGGGCAGAAAACAGGCAAGCCCUGGGUAGGAAUGCUUGGUGCUGUUCCCUUCAGCCUUCACGACCAAGUGCUCAUCUCGUUUCUUUAGCUCCUGAGUCCGAGGCUUGAGGGUUCGCCAACUACACAGUGGCUACGGGUGGAGGGAAGCAGACUCCCUCCUCCAGGGCCCUUUGUUUCAGGAAGAAGUUUCUUUAACCUCACAUGGUCCAAGAGUAGUUUGCAGGAGGCCCUUUAAGGAGGGAACAAGUCAGUUACUGGCCUUAGCAGGGUUCUUCCCAAGAUGGGAGAAACCUAGGGAGGAGGAUCAGUCUUAAGCUGCAUUGCACUGCUGGCCCUGGAGCAAAAACAAAGAACUGGGUAUCGAACAUUCACCAAUUAAGGACUAAAAUCCCGGACACACACAUGAGAAGGAGUAAGAGCCCCACUUCCUUACUCCUUGGAAAAAAAGGGUUGAGGAUGAAACCACCAAAGCUUUCCUUCUGACUCUUACCAGAUCAGCAGAGAGCAGGAGAGGGUAGCUCAGGAUGUAGGAACGGGGGAUAGGUUAUUGUAGUGGAAGGAAAAGGAAGGCAGGAGUAAUAGUUACAGACAUGUAAAGAGCUGACUCUUUAGGAUGAGGUCACAACCAUAGCUAAGAAUGCUUCCUUGAGAACUGACUCCUCAGGUGUCAAGACGUACGCAGCCUCACUCUGGGGUGAGGUCGGCAGUGCCAACCCUCGGUGUGCCCUCAGCCAGGGACUUGAGGUGGGGGAGUUGUACUGACCACUGGCUCCAACCUGUGGGUCAGUAUCACCACUUUCCCUGAAGAUCCGGCCGACCACCGUUGCUGUUCUCUCCUAGCCCCCUCAGGAAAGAAGGCCUAUGUUUUUACUGCACCCUAGGCGUUCUAGAAGGGAAAACUUGGGGUUGGGAUUCUGUGGCCCGAGAAGCCCCAACCACAAGGGCCACAGCUGGGGAGGGGUAUGGGGCAGGAGGGGGGUUGGGAUUUUAGGGUGCAGCUACGCUCACCAGGUACCAGCGUCGGCCUCUCGCCCCUAAACGUCUGCAGUCCGGGAGGUGGCCUGGGACCUGGCCUGAGGCUGUUGAGCAGGCGCGCCUGCCUGCCGACUCCUCACCACCUCUGCACCUGCUGUCUUGAGACGGCGCAGCCCCGGGCACACCACCUGCUCCUGAGUCCCACCAUCUCCCUGUGACGGGUGAACUUUGUGCGCUGUGUCUCGGGUCCAGUAUGUGAAUUGUGAGCAGGGUUCAUCUAUUUUAAACAGAGAU